AUGGAAGAUAAUGCCAUCAUGCAGGCGCUAACCAAGCGCUACCCUAAGAACUGCCUGCUGACUGUCAUGGACCAGUACUUGGCCGUGGUGCGCAACAUGGAGCAGGUGGUGAUGAUCCCCAGCCUUCUGCGGGACAUGCAGCCGAGCACACAUGGGUACCAGGCCCAGGCGGGCGCCUCCGAUCUCUACAGCUACUUCACCAUGCUCAAGGCCAUUCGCAUGGAUGUGGAGCACGGGCUGCUGCCCCGGCAGGAGUGGCAGGCCAAGCUGGCAGGUGGCAAAGCCGAUGGAGCUGAGACUGAAGCUGGAGAGACGGAAGAGGCUGAGGAGGAGAGGGUAUCGGGGCACCUGGACCUGGAAGCCCAGUUCCACCUGCACUUCGCUAGCCUUCAUCACAUCCUCACCCAUCUUACCCUGAAAGCCGAGGAGGUGACAAGGAGAUACCAGGAGAAAAUGGGACAGGCCAUGUAGGAAAGCUUACUCCACAUGAUAGAAGGCAGUCUCUGU